AUGAGUGAAACAAGGGACACUUCUUUAAACCGAAGUAUAGCGGAAACACGAAGCAACAACAGAAAUGGUAAAUUUAGCGAUACCGAUGUAGAAAAUGAUGAUAAUUCAUUAGGGACGCGAUGGUCAAUUACAAGUGAUGACAUCACAUCAACAACGUCACAGUCGUCAUGUUCAUCUACGGAUAAAGAUAGUAGCAGUCAAAAAGCAACUUUCGUAACGCUUGAAUCUGCGUCUUCUCAUUCAUCAGAUUACCACACUAUUGCUACUCCUGAUCAAUACAUAAUAAAUGAAGAGUUACCAGAUUUUGAACCAACAAUAGCUGAAGCAUGUGAAGAAUACUCAAAAUUAAACGCACGAAAUAUUGAGGAUUGCGCUGCUACUGUUAUUCUCGAUAAAAAUACUGUGAUUACGGUAGAUUUCAAAGAAUUCGCUCAAAUUUCUCCAUAUUUUCGAGCUGCAUUUUAUGGUGGCUUCUCAGAGACAAAAUCGAAGUUACUUAUUUUUGACAGGUCUAAAGUAUGUUUGUACAAUAAUUUAACCAUUUAAGU